UUUGUCGCGGCGGGGAAGCGUGGGAGGAGGCCCAGCGGCGAGCUGGCUUUCUCCUGGCCACUUGCGGGGGUGAGGGGCAGCCGGAGGAGUCCGAGAGGAAGCGGAGGCGCGAGCUGGAGGCGGCGGCUCCCGUCGGCCUCCGGCAGGACUGAGCGCUGGGAAGCCGGAAGGCGGGCGCGCACGGCGGAGAGGCGGGCGGGAGGCCGGAGCAUAUUAAUGAAAAGCGCCAUAGACUGAAAAACCAAACAUGAGGGUAGCAGGUGCUGCAAAGUUGGUGGUAGCUGUGGCAGUGUUUUUACUGACAUUUUAUGUUAUUUCUCAAGUAUUUGAAAUAAAAAUGGAUGCAAGUUUAGGAAAUCUAUUUGCAAGAUCAGCAUUGGACACAGCUGCACGUUCUACAAAGCCUCCCAGAUAUAAGUGUGGGAUCUCAAAAGCUUGCCCUGAGAAGCAUUUUGCUUUUAAAAUGGCAAGUGGAGCGGCCAACGUGGUGGGACCCAAGAUCUGCCUGGAAGAUAAUGUUUUAAUGAGUGGUGUUAAGAAUAAUGUUGGAAGAGGGAUCAAUGUUGCCUUGGCAAAUGGAAAAACAGGAGAAGUAUUAGACACUAAAUAUUUUGACAUGUGGGGAGGAGAUGUGGCACCAUUUAUUGAGUUUCUGAAGGCCAUACAAGAUGGAACAAUAGUUUUAAUGGGAACAUACGAUGAUGGAGCAACCAAACUCAAUGAUGAGGCACGGCGGCUCAUUGCUGAAUUGGGGAGCACAUCUAUUACUAAUCUUGGUUUUAGAGACAACUGGGUCUUCUGUGGUGGGAAGGGCAUUAAGACAAAAAGCCCUUUUGAACAGCACAUAAAGAACAAUAAGGAUACAAACAAAUAUGAAGGAUGGCCUGAAGUUGUGGAAAUGGAAGGAUGCAUCCCCCAGAAGCAAGACUAAUGGAAAUGUGGAGAGAAUUGAAGAAAGCGCACUUUCACUAUUAAUGGGAGAGCUAUAAAUGGCAGAGCUAUGUGUAAAUAUUUUAAGAGCAUGCAGCCAUCUUGGUGUGUGCAUGAGUAUUGUCUCUUUUGAUAUCAGGAUUAUUUAUUGCUAACGUAAAUAGAUAGCAUUGUAAAUAGUCAUCACAAUGAUCAAAUCACUGAACCAUGUCUCCGCACAUUUCCCUAAAAGUACAAUGUUUAGACUGCUAUGGUAAUACAUAUUUUAAAUUCUAAAAGCAUACACAAUGUGUAACAAUGGUUUGUGAAAAAUAUAUUGAUAUAUAUACUAGUUGCUGUGAAAAUAUCAUGGAAUAAUAGGGAUUUUAGGGUGGAUACUUUAUUUUCUUUUAUAUUUCCAUAUAUUGCCUUGUGAUGACAUUAUCUUUUAAAUUAAAAAGAGAUUUGGCUAGUUGUGUGUGUAAUGUUACUUUACAGUCCGACUCUCCUGAUGUACCUCUUUUCAUGAUCUUUUUCUUUCCUUCCCAAGAAACUGAGGAAUGUUUAAUAUGAAAACGUACAUCGGAUAUGUGAAAAGCACAACAAAAUUCUUAAUGUACACAGUAAAAAAGUAAAUGUAUAAAUGUAGAUGGCAUUUAGGACCACAGCUUGCUGGAUUUGUGUUAGCUAUGGGAAUAACUUGAUUUUGUAUAAGCUAUUUAGAGUGAGGCUGGAGGUGGCAGCUUCACAGAACUGGAGAACCAGGCCAAGUCCCCUCCGCAACCUAAUUAGGUCAUUCAGGACUGCUAAGUCAGUAUAUUUAGAGCAAUACUAGCAUAUGUUUUUCUUAAUUGUUAUCAGCAUUGACCAAGUGGUUUGGAAGGAGGCAUGCUUUAAUAUCACAAUAAUUUUGAUUUGUAAACCAAGAAAUUAAUCCUGUGUUUAUCUAACUUCAUAAUAGCAAUUAUUGCCCGAUGCUGUAGUGGCAUAUUUACAGAAGUUCUUAUUACUGGGUGGACUGAUAACAUUUAAAAAAUAAUUGUGUUUGACCCCAAAUGACUUUAUACCCAAUUCUACAUAAAAAUAUAGAAGAUCUUUUUUUGUUAUCUUCAGAAGUUCACUAAAUAACUCAGUUUUUAAGCAGAAGUUUUCAGGGCAUUAAAUAUAUGUUGUGUAUGAAGUAUCUCAAACUGGAACAUAAAUUUAGUGAUCAAACUGCCAUUCACAGUGUAAGGCAGCACUUAAAUUUCGAACCUAAAUUUUAGAUGCAUUGUAUAAAAAAACCUAAAAGCAGUAUCUGUUAACCAAGUUGGAAGCUAUUCAGAUAAUUUCUUAAAUAUUGAUGAACUUUGGAGUACUGUUUCUUCCUUCAAACUGAAUGUAAUUAAUUCAUGAAUAAAUGCACCUUAUAUGUUUAAACAAUCUUUGUAUACUUUUGGGAUUUUUGGUGCUUAUAUGCUAAAUCACAUUCAGCAUGUGUAUUUUGACAUUUAAAAUACUUCCCUCAAUUCUGUAAAUUAAAAGAAUAGUUAUUUUACAGUUCCAGGGAUUGUGAAAUAAAUGUUGCACUUUUUUAAAAUAAUGAAAAUAAA